CUGGACCUUGUGGUCGGUGAUGCGUAUAGAUUCGAUAUCUUCCAUACGGAGAGACAGAUGUGUGCUUCAGAUUUCUUCCUAGAGCUGAAGAGUUUCAACGUGAUCGGAGAAGAGGAAAGGAUCAUCGAUGAUUCCGUUCAUAUCAACGAGGGCUUGGACGUCGAUGGCAUCGUGCAAACUCUCUCAGUAGCGGAUUAUUUCUCAACUGGCCCCAACUAUAAUGUUUCCAUCAUUAGUGGUAACGAGGCGAGACACUUUACCAUAAAGAACUACACGACAGAGAAUAUUAAUGCUGGGAUCAUCCCCACCACUGUGGAACCUAUCCCUACCUACACCAUUAAUGGAACGUCCUUUGUCACAUGCUCUUCCAUUCCUGUGCAAAUCCCAGAACAAAAUGAGACAGACAUCCAGGAAUAUGAUGUCUACACAGAUCAAGCUCUACUCACCAUCGACGUUGAAGUGGACUACGAGGUCGCCUACGACUACCUUCUCAUCAUCAUCGUAGAAGACAAUAACUCAUCUCCGCCUCGUUCAGGAGAGCUAGCAGUUCAGAUAUACGUUGAUGAUAUCAAUGAUAACUGCCCCAUCUUCAGUGGCGAAGACAGUUUCCAGUUCUUCCCUCUCCCUGUUCUUAACAACGCUGAGCUGGCCGUCAUCAAUGCGAGUGACCAAGAUUCAGGAGUUAAUGCAGAGCUGACUUACCUCUCUAACGCUCUCUCAGAAGAACGUAUCGGGAACUCGUCGUUCUUCUUGGUUGAGAUGAUCGUGGCUGUAGUAGAUGCAGGGGUACCAGUCAGAGGUGACAUAGCUAAUGUCAAUCUUACCAUCAGUGAUACGUGUCUCUACGACGUCUUGGAUCAACCCAUUGAAACCAUCAUCUAUACCAACGAGACGACGGGAGGACUGUUUCUUAGAGUCCCCAAGUAUUACCUCUAUGAGUAUGAUUGCAGGGAUACACGGGGGAUGGCUAAUGGUGUGAUCCAAGAAGCCCAGCUCUCGUCCUCCAGUGAGAUGAAUCAAAAGUAUGAUGCUGACAGGGCGAGGCUCAACUUGAAACCAGAUCCCGAUAUCCCUGCUGGAUCAGGAUGGAUACCAGCCUCAUCCAAUACCAAUCAUUGGAUCCAGGUAGACAUGGAAGAAGUCACCAUCUUCUCUGAAGUCUUAACCCAGGGUAGCAAUGACAUGGAAUACUGGGUGGAAACAUUCCAGGUUGCCUUCAGUAAUGAUACCUCCAGCUGGUCUUACAUCUUGGAGAACGGGAGUGCUACGGCGGAGAAUGGGAGUGCUAAGAAUUUCACGGGGAACUCUGAUCAGAACACCGUGAAGAGGAACACCUUCGAUCAAGUCUACGCUCGUUAUAUCCGAAUCUACCCUCAGUCAUGGAACGAUGAGAUUGCUCUCAGGUUCGAAUUAUUAGGAUGCACCACAGAAAGAAGGUUUAAACCUGCAAAAAUACAGUCGGAGCAAGAAAAAGCACAGCAGAAACCACAAGCCAACCUCCCUGAAUCACAUCCCUCCCUCGAUGUCAACUCAGAUAACCUCCCUCUUCCUCCCCGACCAGUGAGGUCAUCCACAGCAAUCCGCCCUGAAAACGCCACCCCGCAACUUGAUCCCCAGCCCUGGAACACCCCGCUGCAAAAAAACGCACAGAGCAGUAAAUUAAUAGAUAAAGAUGGAAAAACUGAAGUAGAACUAGAAGCCCUCCCUCGAGAUUUAUCACAGUGUGAGCGAUGUGAGACAACCAAUUACUGUAUAGGGGAUGGUCUUCAGCGCCCUUGCGGUCGAUGCGACCCUCCAUCAGAUGACUGCGAUCGAUCUCCUACUGAACAUUCAUUUGGUCAUGCCUCGGAGUGUACUACAUGUCCUAUAGGAUGGCUCUGUGAGAAUGGGUAUGCUACUCAUUGCCCUACCUACACCUAUGUAACAUGCAAUACAACGUAUUGUCCCAGUGAGUGUACAACCUGCGAGGCAGGAUCAGCCUGUUUUGAUGGUAUGAAAUCCAUCUGUGGAACUGGAACAUUUUCACAGGGCUAUGAUACAGAGUUUUGUAAAGCAUGUGCUCCGGGCUCCUUCAACAACGAGACUGAGCAGUCUGAGUGCGCGUGCUGUGACAGCGGGUACGGUAGCACGGAAGGCAAGACGGAGUGCGCCCCCUGUGAGAUCAGUGAAUAUUCAGAAGGGUCAUGUGACCUCUGUAAGACGUGUCUAUCAGAAGCUGAUUGUCCAUGUUUCACGGAGCCUGGACCCUGUACGGAGGGUGUGGUAUGUGUUAAUACCGGAGGAGCAGGAACAUACAGGUGUCUGGACUGCCCUAAGGGCUACACCGGCAGUGGAGAUGAUUGUGUGGAUAUAAAUGAGUGUGAAGAAGCUAAUCUAUGUUUCAAUACCAGCGCCUGUGUGAACUUUGAACCCGGCUUCGAAUGUGGAGCCUGCCCUCUUGGUUAUGAGGGUGAAACACCCCAUGGGAUCGGACUCGACUACGCCAAUGCUAAUACUCAGGUGUGUUCUGAUGUAGAAGAAUGCGCUGUAGACAACGGAGGCUGUGAUCCUGACGUGGAAUGUAUUAAUACAGUGGGGAGUUAUUCUUGUGGUACGUGUCCACCUGGCUAUCUUGGGAACAAUGUGGCUGGUUGUACACCAGCUAGAGACUUCUGUGCUUUGAGUUUGGAUAAUUGCCAUGACAACGCAACCUGCACGUCAACAGGAGCUGAUACAUUUACUUGUGAGUGCAAUGAUGGGUAUGCUGGUAACGGUGAGUUCUGUGGAGUCGAUAUCGACAUGGACGGCCGACCUGUAGUGUCGCUUGAAUGCAGUGAUGGUUCAAGCAACGAAUGCAAGGCAGACAAUUGUGAGUUUGUACCGAAUAGCGGGCAGGAGGAUGCCGACGGUGAUCAGAUCGGAGACGAGUGUGAUAGGGAUGAUGAUAAUGAUCACAUCUAUGAUCAAAAGGAUAACUGUCAGUAUGUAUCCAAUCAGAAUCAAGUUGACGAAGAUGGAGACGGCUAUGGGGAUGCUUGUGAUGUCUGCCGUAAUUUGACCUUUGAUCGGGACCAGGUCGAUACCGAUGGUGACGGAUUGGGGGAUGAAUACAACUUAGAUAAAUGUCCUCUGUACAACAGCACUGAUCAGAGGGACUCCGAUUUUGACGGAUUUGGAGACGUCUGUGACAACUGCCCAGAUAACUCAAAUCCGACGCAGACCGACACGGAUCAAAAUGGCUUCGGAGAUAUGUGUGAUGAUUAUGAUGGUACCAAUAUAGACCGUGAUGGUGAUGGGAUAAUUGAUAUUGCUGAUAAUUGCUUGGUUAUACCCAAUGCAGACCAAACAGAUACAGAUAGCGACGGCGUAGGUGAUAUUUGUGAUGAUGAUAAAGAUGGCGAUGGAGUUCCAAACGGCUCUGACAACUGCCCUCUGUAUUCCAAUGCUGACCAGGCUGAUGAUGAUGGUAACCUCAUUGGAGAUGUAUGUGAGACAGACUAUGAUGGUGAUGGUGUACUAGAUGGCAAUGAAAACUGUCCCAAGAGUAAUCGCUACCACACAACGAACUUUGACCCCUACAUCUCGGUCAACCUAGAGACAGUUGAUGAUCCGCCAUCUUGGUAUUUAACAGAUUCAGGCAAGGAGGUACAUCUCUUCAACUCCUCCUCCAUCUCCUCCCCCGUGAUGCUAAUUGGCUCCGACACCCUCGGACCGGUCGACUUCCGGGUCACCAUGUAUGUGAACGGAGAUGAUGGCGGGAACUACAUGGGCUUCGUCUUUGGCUACCAGAGCAAUAGGAAGUUCUACGUAGCGAUGUGGAAACACAUCAACCUCAAUAAGGAAACGCAGUAUGCUGGUAUCAAGGGAUUGCAGAUCAAGAAGGUUCAUUCGACAACGGGACCUGGUAUAACUCUAGCAAAUGCUUUGUGGCAUUCUUAUACAACAUCCAACGAAGUAGAAUUGAUGUGGCACGACCCGUUAAUGCAGGGAUGGCAACAUAGGACAGCUUACCUAUGGAGACUUACUUAUAGACCAUCUAUUGGCAUUAUUAGGGUUACCAUCAAGUCUGGUGAUGUGACCUUGACAGAUACUGGUGACCUCUAUGACACGACCUUCCUAGGAGGUCGUCUUGGAGUCUUUGUGUACGAUCAGCCCGAUAUCAUCUUCUCUCAUAUGAAAUAUGAUUGUGCAGAUAGGUUAAAUCAAGCUCUCAAGUUUGAUGGCUCUGAUGAUUACGUCAUACUGCCUAGUAUACAAACCCUAGACAUCGAUGAGAGUUUUACAUUGGAAGCCUGGUGCUACCUGGAGGCCGGUUACCCCAGCACAAAGCUACCAGUGUUUAGUGCAGCAGAUAACAGUGUGUAUCUUACCAUAGAAGAUGGCUAUGUCUAUGGGAGGUACGGUAGCUUCUUUGUGAAUGCUACAAGCAGUCCGUUGGUAGAAGAUGCCUGGAACCAUGUAGCUCUCAGACUAGACGCACAGGAAUGCAUCUUAUCUGUGUUUGUGAAUGGAACGUUAGAAGGUGAAACCACCAGUGUGCCAGCUCGUAUAUGGCAUGAUCGAUACCUGUAG